AUGGUGUAUAGCAUAGAUCAUCAGCAACGAUUCCGAGUUUUCUUCGCUCCCUCCUCGGCCAAUUUGGUAAAAAUUAUAUAAUCUGAUAAACAAAAUUUGGCAAAAGAAAAACCAGAAGCGAGACUUAUAAUCUAUUUUAUUGUUUGAAGUUGGGGAAGACCCAGUUAGAGAAAACUGUUGCCGUGAGAGUGGGAAAGAGCUUUUUGCCGUUUGGAGAAAUUGAGCAUAAGGAGAAGAAUUAUAAUCUAGUUUUUAGGAAAUUCAUCAGAUCUACUGUCAAUAUACGCCAUGAAGAGGACAGUCCCAUGGAAUGAGGAGGUUGAUGUGAUAUCAUCAGAUUCAGAUGAAUCUUCUUCUUUAGACAAAGAGGUGGAAAUCAAUAAUGGGAGAGCUGUGAAGCAGUCAACUGAUGAUAUGAUGGCUGAUCAUCCCACCAUUGAAAUAACAUCUGAAGGUUCAUUGAUCAGAAGGGCAGAGAUGUAUCAGGAAUACAUGAAGCGGAUCCCAAUCCCAACUCGUCGAGGCUCUAUUAUUCCAUUUUCCACAUGGAUGGGUCUAGGCAAAUCCAUCAAGCAGUUAUAUGGUCAACCUCUGCAUUACCUGACCAAUGUUCUCCUAAAACAGUGGGAUCAGUUGAGGUUCAACAGUGAGGAUGAACACAGGCCCUUGGAUACAAUUAUUCAUCCUUGUAAAGCUGAAGCCACCGUCUGGCUCAUCGAAGAAGUCCACCGCUGCACCUCAUCUCAUUAUCAUAUAGCUAAGCUCUGGCUUUCGGAUCCAAUGCACCAUGCAUUUGUUGAUUCCAUUUUCCCCCAGUUGUAAAAAAAAAAAAUGUAUUAUGCUUUUUAGUUUUCCUAGCUUUUUGGGGUUCAUAAAAUGUUCUUCGGCUGUUUAUUCUUUUUGCCCCCUAAUAGGUUCGUAAAAUGGUCUUCUAUUAAGCUUAAAAGGGUCGUAACAUGUAAUCAUGGUUUAUUGAUCUAACAUUCCAAUGAAUAGAAGACCAGAAUUGCAUUGUUCUUUCUCA